UACCAGUGCGGAUCGUGAUUCUGCGGGACGCGCAGCGUCGCGGCGCCCUCCGUGUCUCGUAUCCUUGCCGAUCGCGCGCCCGUCCGUCCGUCCAUCAGCGAUUCGACCGAACGGCGCGAACGGCCGGUCAGGCUCCAGUGCGCCGAAAUUUGCGGGGGGUGGGAACGACAUCGAGAUAUUCGGGGAGGUUCACAGGGAUGGGACAGAAUAAUUUGCCAAAAAUAUCGGAGACACAUGACGCCAUGAUAAGACGUUUCUUAUUACUGUGACGACCGGACACCGAUCGUGUUCACCGAGCCUGAAUAGUCGACUGCCCGGAACUUUAUCCCGUUUUUCUCUCUUUGGUUUCUCAAUGUUGUUGUCAGUUAUACUCGUAUUUUGACGUGCAAGACGCUGUUUCGAUGGCCGGACAGCGGCUGGCAAUACAGGUACAAAAACGAGGCGGAAAUUGACACGCUGAAAGUACGUUUGUUCGCGUUCGCGAACCGAGUCGGUCUCGGUCAACUCUAGUCUCGAUCUCAAUCGAUGCAGAUCGACAAGUUCGCUUAAAUAGUCCCAUUACUUAAUCGACGUUUGUAUUUCAAUAGCAUUCCCGUGCAUUCCUGUGCUCUCCCCCCGCUUUCAUUAAGGAGUUCGCGCCGAGCGUAAUUGCUCAGAUCCCAUUUGGAGCAAAAGAGCGCGGAGUGUCACUUAAAACUUAGUUGGAUUACCGUUCUUGUUGCAUACUGUGCAUCGCUGCUUGAACACGUUUUGCUUCGCGUAAGAAUCGACUAUCCAUUGAGGCUAUUCUUCUCUCUCUCUUUCUCUCUCACCUUCUAUCUUUCUCUGCACUUUGUCGAUUAUGACUUAAGGCGUACACACUUCUUUGAGUUUUGCCGAUGGUUAAUUCUCUCCUCCGACGGCGCAAGGGUUUCACGCGCAGAUAAUUAAUUCGCUGUACCGUAUCGGAAACGGACAUGUCGGAAAAAUUCAGCAGGUACAAUCCGGCUUUUAUGUUCUCUUCCCGUGGGCGCCAUAAAUUAUUGAGCAUUCUCUCUGUUUAUUAAUCAGCCGGCCAUACUUGCCAUUGGGACAUCAAUAAUAUACGUAUUAUUGCUUAUACAACAGCCGUUGGUCAGUGCUGGACGUGGCGCGAUAUUUUUGCAUACGUAAGCAUGUGCAUUCGGCGGCGCGGAACUAGGAAUAAAUGCGAAAUAUUCGCGCGAGAAUUCUGCUGGUCGUUGUGUCGAAUCGGAAAUCGCGCGCUGAGAAUGGCAGUUUCGCCAGGUCAACGAGCGGAAUACGAUUAUCGUUACACUCUGAAGAUUAUCGUUAUAUAUUACAAAGAAUCCUUCGCAUUCUGCACAAGUCUUCUCUUGCUUCGACAAUGUGUAAUUCCACGAGUUCUCGUACUCAUCCGUAGUUAUAUCGCGUAACCGCGAUUGAGUGAAACGCAGGCUUCGUCGUUUCUGCCUUUUGCAUUAACGAGCCAAGAGCCACCUCGCGAGAAAUAUUUCCUCGUCAACCAUGUACUAAAACAUCCGCGGACUUUUCUGGUCUAACGAGUUCAAGCAGCAAAGGAAUCUGUAACAUUCUCGCUUUCGACGUUGUCGUCGGCGCGCGCUCGUCCGCGUUUCACCGUGGAAAUUCCUCGCUCCCGUGGUGCAUUAGCGAUUCCCUACAGCAGCAGGUUCCGCGAUCGACGGCUGGUUGGAUCAGAUCCACCGGCGUGGAUCGACUGGACUCGACUGGACUCGACUCGACUCGACUCGACUCGACUCGACUCGACUCGACUCAACUCGACCUGACUUGACUUGACUUGGCUUUAGUCAGUUCGGCCUGACUCGCGCGGCGCGGCGCGACACGGCGUUUUAUCCGGAUCUCCGGCCGCGGCCGAUCGGCGAGAUCGUAAAACGACCGGCCGACGGACUCGUUGUCAGUGGUAUUUCCAAUUGGCCGGUUGCGAUCUCUGAAGGGAAACCGGUUCGACGACCAGCCCUGGAUGUGUUACCCCCGGUCUCCUACCUUGCGCUCUCUCCUGCGUCUCUCGUUCGUCUUCUCUUGCUCUCUUCUUCUUUUUCUCGUUUCGCUUCUUCAUCAUCCUCUUCUUCGUCUUCUUCUUGCUCCCUGGCGUCUCGCACUCGCCUUCUUCUUAUCCGUGGUCGAACUCGCGAGCCCACCUCCCGCGCCGACUACUAGUUCCUGGCGUUACUUUUGCAGUGGUACGCGCGGCACGGCUGUAAUUCCUAACCGCGGCCUCGCACGUGCACUUAAAACGCCGUGGUAUCGAGGGGUAUAUCGAGGUUCGGCCCGCGCGAUCGUCCAUGUCGUAGCUGCACGUUCCGCGCGCCAGCCUGGUGGCAUCGUUUGUUUUCCAAAGAACGUGAAGGGAACGUGGUGAAGCCGAUUUAUUCGCGAUCGGUCAGCGGUCUCCCUUCGCGAUUGCGAUGGACGUACCCAGGUGCGCCGGCGAUCGAUGCGUAAACGUUUUGCCGGGGCUAUAGAUCGACACAAAGGAGCAAGAACGCUCGGUGCAGCGAAGACCCGGCGGUGGCGACGACGGCUUCGACGGAGACUUUAAAAUGACCAGGCAACGUCGACCGCUCUGAGACGAAUAAAAAAUAUCGAGACUAGCAGUCAUGUAGAAGAAAGCCGACGUUGGAUCAAGGACUCUUGGUUGAUCCUGGCAAGAGAUUUCCGGGAAAGGUCAACGGCGGAUUCGAAUCGCCGGUCUUUUGGUCUCGGUUGAGACGACAAAAAAACGAGAGAUGAGACUCUAAAGGAGGUUGGAGAGAUAUUAUCUACGAGUCAAACUCAGUGAGUUCCGCGAGUUAAACGAGAACAAGGGAGGAGAACGGUCUUUUCCGGCAAGAUGUUGUGAACGUCUCGCAGGGACGUUGGCGCGCGCGAAUUUCGUGAAUUUUCCUGGACGGUGGAGGAAGAAAAGUUCCUUGUGUUUGGUUACCAAGUUGGACCGAACUCGGAGACUUUUCGGGUCAGCUUGCCCGGAAAAUUGGCAGUGUUAGUUCGUGGGGAUUCUUCGCGGUGCAUCGUCGAGGACUGCGCAAAAUUUUCACGUAUGAGCGAUGUCCACGGACGUCGUAACAUCCGUAGCGAAAGUUCGGCCGUUAGUUCCGCUCCGUUGAACGAUACCGAGGAAUCUUCGCCGGCGGCUGAUUCUUUCGCGCGAUUACGCGAGGCGGAACGACGAGCUUGAAGAUUCCGCGGAGUCGACCGCGCGGACGGUUGCACGCCUUGCUCUCGCAAUUCGUUUACAAUAAUUGUGAAGCGAUCAUGCGUCGCACGAACGAUCGCGGCAGCGUCGUCAAUGGUGCACGUCCAAUCGGCAGCCACGGCUGCAUCAGGUUACGGAUUCCACGCGAUGCUGCGGACGUUGCUCGUACACGUACCGGUCCCGAUGAUCGGGCUUAGCCCGUGGGUCGCCGUCCAAACGAACGAGAACGCUCGUACUUCCGCGAGGAUCGAAUCACGGAUGUCGGCAGCCCGAAAUCGUCAAACGAACCCGAAGAAGAGCAAUCGCAAGAGCGUUACGAAAGAGGAUCCAUAAAAAUCCAAGCACACGCUCUACGAACCUAGUCAAAAAUAAUUGGGUUUCGUGGCACCGUGCGCGUUUUAAACGCACACCUGCACGCGCGUGCGACGUAGCGCAAACGUGCACCAGGACUCAGUGAAUGUGAAAAGUGUCGGGUUCGUUAUAUCGCGCUUGUUCGUAACUCCUCCCUCGUCGGCUUUGUUAUAUCGCGCGCCUGCCCAUUCUCAUUCUCUCAAGCAGCACGCGUACGUACACGCACACACUACACGGAGUGUUGGAUCGCGUGCCUGCGGUCUCGUGCCCUCGUGCGCUUGUCGUUACACGUCCGAUCGUAAGUGUAACAAAACUUCCUAUAUACGCGCGGUAUCGCGCCUCGUCACGGUACAGUAAAGUUGCUGCUGCGGACCGGGCCUCCAAUUCAGAACGAACGAGAUCUAUCCUCUCAUAAGGAAGAGAGAGAGAGAGAGUAUAAUAAAGAGAGAUAAAGAAGAGUGAAAGAGAAGGAAGAGAGCGAGGGAGGAAGAUUGGCACGGGAAGAUAUGCGCGGUGUAAAAUACUCGUUUCGGAUCGGUCCCGACUCUCGGAAGUCGAGGAUUCGUCGGUACGGUAACACUCGCAUUUAGGCACCUGAGACGUUCCGUGCGGCGGAAAGAGACGGGGAAGUGUAGUUAGGGAGGAGAAGGAGGAAGUGGUGGAGCACGGCAAGUCGAGGAGGGUGCGUGCACGGUUCUAAUCAACGAGUCGAUCGAGUUAGAUUGGGGAAUCGAAGUGGUCCCGAAAGGGGACAUCCCCGAUAAAAGCCAUGGGCAUCAUGGAUACGUGGAAGCGCGGUCGGAUAAUCUAUGCUUAUCUCAUAUGGGUCGUCUUCAAGGCUACUACGGCGGGGGGACUUUACGAUGCCAUGAAUUCACUGGUGGAGGAGGUGGUCGUGGAAGCGGGGAAGACCGUCACGCUGAGCUGCCCGGGUGUGACGGAGGACUCGUUGGUGUUGAUGCUCGAGUGGCGAGCGAACGGGAUGCGGUUGCUCGAGUACAAGAGCAGCAGCACGACCGUCGUCCGGCACUUUCGGGACAGAAUGUCGAUGUCGUUGAAAAAUUAUUCGCUGUACCUGAAUCCCGUCAUCGCCGCCGACAGCGGUAUGUACGAGUGCGUCGUGAACAACCGGAACGCACUGGAUGCUGUGAUCAAACUCAUCGUGCGAGAUGUGCCCGAUCCACCAGAACGGCCGCUUGUCAUAAGUUACACGUCCAAAGCCGUGAAUAUAUCGUGGGCACCUGGUGUUAAUUCCCACAACACUCCAAUUUCGCAGUACGUCAUCUACACCCGCAUCGACGAGGAUGGCCCGUGGAACGCGACCAAGGAGAUCAUAACGCCGCACAACGACACGUUCUACACCGUCGAGAACCUGAGGCCAUUCACGGUGUACAGUUUCCGGGUGGCGGCGAUAAAUGCUUUAGGGCGCAGCAAACCCAGUCAGGCUUCCUACUACAUGGUGACUCUUCGUGAAAUUCCGGAGGGAAAACCGACCAUCACUGCGGCCCAUAAUACCUCAGCGUCGUCUAUUUACCUGGCAUGGAAACCGCCGAGUCGUGACACCAUACACGGCGAGUUCCUCGGAUACCGUAUAGGAUACCGACGACGCGAGAAAGCGGAUGAAGAAAUGAAAAACAUUUAUAUACGCGAUCCUGGCGUCGACAAUCACAGUAUCCACAAUUUGGAUACCUUCACGCAGUAUCUCGUCUCCCUGCAAGUGUUCAACCCCGAGGGUCACGGACCGGCUUCUACCGUAACGGUGAUGACCGACGAGGGUUCUCCAACAAAGCCGGAGAAUCUCACCUCACGAGACAUCACGGGCACCACCAUUAAACUCUCGUGGUCGGAACCCGAGAACGCCAACGGUGUCAUCGCCGGUUAUCGCAUUUACUAUAUGUAUUCCAACUACACAGACGUCAAGAUGCAUAUACCCGAUAAAGCUCCCGACGAUCCGAGUAUCGAUUUCGUCCUGAAAGAACUGCGCCCGUACACCGAAUACAAAAUCUGGGUGAAGGCUUACACGCGGAAGAACGAAGGCGAUCCUUCCGACCAAAUUAUUCGCAGGACCGACAUCGUAGGACCAAGCGCUCCUAUCAUCUUGAACUUGACUUGCCAAUCUCAUGAGUCCGUCUACGUGCAUUGGGCCAGGCCGGCCCAUUUCUGGGGCUCGAUCGACUAUUACUAUAUCCGUUAUCGAAAGGAAAAUACAAGAGUUUACGAGGAUAUCGAGCUGCCCACUGAGAAGAAUCAUAUCGAAAGCGGAACGAUUAUACCCAACUUGACGAUGAACACCGUGUACGAGAUUAUGGUGCGGGGAGCCACCAAGAGCACGAUCAACAGCCACCUCAUCAUCCAAGGCGAAUUUUCGAUACCCACAAAGGUUUUGGUGACCCGCGACUGCGACAAGAUACCGCCCUUGAUGCGCCGCAGCAGCAAGGAGCUCAGCGCCGGAGUGAUCGCCGGAAUGGUCUGCGCCUGCUUCGCCGUGAUGCUGGCAAUCACGGCCUUCGUGCUGUGGAAGCCGAUUUUUAGGAAAUGCUUCCACACCGCCUACUAUUAUCUGGAUUAUCCGCCGCGAAACGUUCCCACUUUGCAAGAAUGGGAGAACAGCGAGCAGGAUGGCGAGAGGACCGCCGUGGCGGUCCAGCAAUUCGUCCAGCACGUGGCGAGUCUGCACGCCGACGGAGACAUCGGCUUCAGCAAGGAGUACGAGCUGAUACAGUCCGAAACGGGCGAUUACACCGUGGAGAACUCCCAGUUCGCCGAGAAUAAGGCCAAGAACAGAUACUUGAAUAUACUUGCGUACGACCAUACCCGCGUGCAAUUGCUGUCUUGCGGCGGUGGGCCGCCCAAGAAGGGCCAGGACUACGUUAACGCGAAUUACAUCGAUGGUUGGCAAAGACCGCGUGCCUACAUUGGCACUCAGGGUCCACUUCCGCCGACGUUUGAUGGCUUCUGGCGGAUGGUCUGGGAACAGCGCGUAUCGAUAGUCGUGAUGAUUACCAAUCUGGUCGAACGCGGUCGUAGGAAAUGUGACAUGUACUGGCCCAAGGAGGGUACCGAGACGUACGGUUACAUUCAAGUGACUUUGGUGAGGGAGGACAUCAUGGCGACGUACACCAUUCGCACUCUCCAAAUUCGGCAUUUGAAGCAGAUCAAGAAGAAGAAAAAUGGGACCAACAUGGGCGAGCGCACCAUCUGGCAAUAUCAUUACACCAGCUGGCCCGAUCACGGCGUGCCCGAUCAUCCAUUGCCCGUUCUCAGCUUCAUCCGUAAAUCGUCCAACGCGAAUCCGCCCGACGCCGGACCAAUCGUGGUCCAUUGCAGCGCCGGCGUCGGACGUACUGGCACAUACAUCGUGAUCGACGCUAUGCUGAAACAGGCCAAAGCCAAGAACGAAAUUAACGUGUUCGGUUUUCUCAAGCACAUCCGCACCCAGAGAAACUUCCUGGUGCAGACGGAAGAGCAGUACAUCUUCAUUCAUGACGCCCUGCAAGAAGCGAUCGAGAGCGGUGAGACUAAUAUCGAAAUCAACAACUUAAUGCAGCACGUGCAGGACAUGCUGUGCCCGUCGAACAACAAGACUGACGCGUGGAAUAACAUCGAAGCCCAGUAUAAGUUGGUGACGUCGUGGAAGCCGAAGGAUUUCAAUCUCGUGUCCGCCAACAAAGCCUGCAACAUCCACAAGAAUCGUAACAUGGAUAUCAUCCCCAUCGAAAACGCGCGUGUUCACCUGACGCCGAAACCCGGCGUCGAUGGCAGCGACUACAUCAAUGCGACCUGGGUUUCCGGUUUCCAACGCAAUCGCGAGUUCAUCAUAACGCAGCAUCCGAUGGGGAACACCAUAAUGGAGUUCUGGCAAAUGAUGUGGGACCAUAAUGCGCAGACGAUCGUCAUGCUGACUCAGUGCGACGAGGAAUAUCCGGAAUUUUGGCCCACCGAAGGAAAGGAUCUGGAAUCCGAAACGUUCCGUGUACGUCUUUGCGGGAUGAAGGAAACUGUGAACGGCACUAUCCUGCUCGAAGUGGCGGUCCGGUCGUUGCAGGAUGAUUACGAGCUCAGCGCCAGGAUCGUUCAGGCGCCGUCGAAUCAGAAUGGGCUGUGGCCGCACAACGACAAUCCAAAGACUUUCGUAAACGUCAUCCAGGAUUUCCAUCGGGACUAUCAAAAUGGCCCUAUCGUCGUAAUGGACAGGUAUGGCGGAGUCGAGGCUGCGCUCUUCGUUCUGCUGACUACCUUGAACAAGCAGAUGGAAUUCGAACAGAGUGCCGACAUUUACAUGUUCGCGAAGCUGCUUUACAUGAAGCGACCCGGCGUUUUCUGCUCAAAGGAGAAUUACAUGCUGCUGUACCAGUGCUUGGAAUCCAUGCUGUCGACGAAGGGCCGCGCCGAGCCCGACCUGUACGCCAUGGCAAACGGGCACAUCGCCACGCUUAACGAUCCGAACGAGAUCAGGUCAGCCUCGUCAAUCCAGCAGAUCGAUUAUCCAUCCAAAUCCGCCAUUCGUCCGUCGUCCGUUAUCCGCGAGUACGCCACCGUGGAGGUGAGCUCCGAAUACCUGUCCGACUACACCAUCCCCAUACGCGUGGACCACCCGAUCGAGUCGUCCAGCAGCCGCGGCAGCGAGCCCUGCCUCUCGUCCCACGGUGGUAGCAACGAUCACGUGUCGGAGAAGAGCAUGAUGAUGUCGCAGCGGAACAUCAGCUACCACAAUCCACCGGCGUCCGGCGUGGCCGUGAUGGUCGACGCCAACGGCUACAUCACGAACGGCAGCAUGCGCGUGCCCACCGACAGUAUGGAGCCCAGCUGCAAGAUGAUGCCGCAAUGAUGCCGGCCUAUCUUCGGUUGCAGCGCACCCUCGCGAAGGUCAGCCCCGCUGUAAUCGCACCUUCCGGUCGCUCCGGAGGUUUAAUCUCGACCUGGUAAGUGCUGCAUCCCGCGGGAGUGCUCGCUGCGACACCGCGAUCAAAUGGAACGCCACACUGAGAAAGAGAAUUCUGUUGUUCCACCGUGCAGAGAAAAGAGAGAGAGAGAGAGAGAGAGAAAGAGAGACUGGAUCCUCGCAUCGCGCAAGGAGAUCGUGCAAAACGAUUGGAUGGUUCACGAGAGAGCCGGAGGAUCUCUUCGAGGGCGGGUGUCUUUGGUGUGUACAUAGAGCUGCGUGAACGUCAGGAAGAUGUGCGGCGGGGGAGUCCGGGUAUCGGUACGAUGAGGCGAGACUCCCCCGCUGAGCGGGGAGUUCCCGGAGCGCGCGAGGGCGGACAGUGCCAAACGGAGAGACAGAAGUGCCGCCGAAACGCAUGCCGGGCGUGUGGGUGAUGUUUAUCUUAUCUGUCUCGCGUAAGUUUAUGUUCGUUCAAUCAUUGUAUAUAUUAUAUAUUAUAUAUUCACACUCUCACACACAGCGCACGCACACGUACACGUACGCAUACGCAACAGACACACACAUACACACGGCCGCGCAGCAUACAUGCGUACGUAGAUAUGCGCGUACACGUAAACAUUAAAAUAAUGUAUGUAUUCAUAUGUACGAGAUGCGUGCGUGCGUGCGUGCGUGUGUGUGUGUGCGCACGUUGUGUUUCGUGUACGUUGAACAUCCGACAGCUCCGAGUUGCCAAAGAAUCAUUUACGAUAGCUUAAUUGUUAGAACGAUAUUGCCGUGGGAGAUGGGUGUGUACAUAUAUACAUAUAUGCAUCAUAUAUACGUAUACACGUGUAUCCGAGUAUCUUAUGCGUGUCUAUAGUCCAUUGUACGCGAGAGGAUGCAUCGUCAGGCCGAGUCCCUCGCACACGUACUCGCAACUAUCAUGACGAUCUAUCGCGACGGUCGCACGCGCGAGAGCCGAUUUAAGCCCUCUGCCCUCUCUCGUUCUUUAUCCACCGGAUCCAGGUCUCGCGUCCACGUCGGCCGCGACGUGCACGGCUCACCGUCACUGUUACUGCCAUUUAGCACGGAAGACGGAAGUCACCGGCGAAGUCGAGAGAAUCGCGGCACGAGCGAUCUCCCUCGCGUAAUCCGACCCUAGUAGGUAUAAUGCGAAUCAAAUCAAAAACACGCGUAAAACGUGUAAAACGACGCCGCGCCGCGCUUGAAUUCGCCUCCUCGCCCGCGCGGUUUCCACGUUAAACCGGAACUGAACGCACAACCACACAAAAGACUUUUGAUACGUCGCGAAACGUGAAACGUCGGACGUGCAAAACUCGUUAAUCGUGAGAUAUGAUCUGCUUCGGCGAAAAGCUACGGGGAUUGUGCAAAUAUUGGCGAGACGUUUUAGGAGGAAUACCGAGGGAUGCCGAGAGAGUACGUUAGCCGAGAACAUUCGUUCGAGAGAAUCGUUAACGUGGAGGUAGCACUGACUCACGAUGUUACAGCUUAUGUCCCGUCUUUUCGCUGAAAACGCGAAGUAACGUGACGACUUACAAUGACAUGACAAUCGCAAGACGUUUUAACAAUUAUAAGAAUUAUCAUUGUCCGCACACUGUCCGAGAACUGUGAAAUACAGAACAUAUAGUAAAACGACGCUCUUAGUUUACAAUUUUCGCAUUUUUAUAUUAUGUCGAGUACUAUGCAUAAGCGAUUGUUCAAGAAUUCAUUCGCAGAUCCAUCGAUGUUUAAAUAGAUAAUCGAUUAAUCAUUCUUAUAUAAACUUUGUGACGCCUACAUUUAUACAACGCAACGUAUUACAGUUAAUUCCUAUUGUUAAUGACACACAUGCACGCAAAUUAUAACACGAUACAGAUACAUUCAGAACACUCAGAUACAGAUCAAUUUACUCUGUCUUAUUAAUUAAGGUAGCUAAGUUUUGGAAGGGAAAUCGAAAAUCCGUUUUUGUUGUCCGAUAAUUAUCACUUGUACAUGACUACAAUUUACUGAUUAUCCGUUAAAGCGCGUGUGCAACGAGCGCAAUUAGUUACAUUGUAAAAUACGUUCCAUUGCUUGGCCUAACUACUCGUACAGUACAAAUUAGACUCUACUUUCGAAAGUCUCAUUUAGUUAAAAGGAUGCAUGAUUGAAGGAUUCAAAGGAGAUUCAAACCGGUUCGUCUCAACUUGCCGAAACUUUAUAAAUAAUAUAUGACACCGUUCUAUAAUACGAUAAUUAAAUAAUGCGACAAGAGCGUUAGUCAAUAUUAUUACAUAUGAAUAACGUUCUUCCGCUAUAAUCGAUUACGUCGUAUCCGCACUCAGAUGGAAUCUAUAAUAGAUCAUCGAUAAACAUUCAGAUUGUGGAUGCAUGAUGAGAAACGAAAGCCGAAGCAAAAGUUCUCGCGAAGCAUGGUGCGAACGUUCCGCAAAUUUGCUUCGUUGCGUGCGUAUAAUCGCGAAGAUUGACCAUUUUUUGAACCAGCUUCAGCUCCGAAGCAGACGGAAGGGAGAGAGCAGAAGCAAUGACGAAUCAGAAGUAUUGACGAAUUCGAACUCUGAAAUUGAAGUGUACAUAAAAAAGAGAGGAAAAGAGAAGACAGAAUUGUCUGUACACGUCUGAGCCGCUGCGAUCAGCUGCUCGAAUCACAGCCAUGAUUAAACCAUGAUUACAAUGGGGAAUGCGGGUGUAUGCGCGGGUAUAAGACUGAUCGGUCGCGGAAGUCAGAACGAAAAUCGAUUCUCGAUUCGCGUUUGUUCGCAUUGAAUCGCUUCUAUCGUCAAUCGCGAUAAAGAAAAACAUAAAGUUUUUCGAAAAAAGGAUAUCAAUACCGGUAUCGCCGUUCCGUAUAUAGCUCGCGAACAGUAGAGAUCAAAUAUAGAAGAAAUAAAAGUUUUCUUCAAUUCUUUUCUUUUAAAAUUUUCCAUCCAAAGUUUGAAGUUAAUCAACCAUCUUCAGAAGAUAUCUUACAUUUGUAUGUAAUAAAAAUAUGUAAAAACUGAAUACAGAUCCUGUUUAAAUAAUACAAAUUGUUUUAUUAAUCAUCCGUUGAUUAAUAAAAACGAAUUAAAAAGAGUUUGUUAAUUAAAGUUUGUUUAAAUUUAAAUACGUUUGUUUAUUAUAAAUUAAAGUAUAAAGUUUAAAUAAAAUUAAAAUCUAUUUUUCUACGCAUAGUUUCGAUCUGCCAUGUCAACGGUGAUCUUUCCUUAUCAUCACCAUUUAUUUAUAUAUACGAGUCAUAUUUUUAAGAGCACUAUGUGAACAUAAAUAUGUUCCAUAUAUAUUUAUUCAGAGCAACGAAAUAUUGGGCCGAGCUUGCGGAUUAUCGAGACCAGCAUGUACAGUGGUGAUAAGCCAAGGAUCACCAUUGACACGGCAGAUCGAAAAUAUGCAGUAGAAGAAUAGAUCUUAAUUUAAUUUAAACUUUGUACUUUAAUUUAAACAAACUUUAAUAGAAUAAAAACAUCAGUUGAAUAAAAAUAUUGCCAGACUAUCGAGAAAAUAAUUGUUGAUUAUUUUAAAUUUGUUACUGGCGAAAGAUACCAACUAAGAACAAAUGUAAGAUAUUUUCUGAAGAUGAUUCUGGAGAUGACUGACCAUACAAAUUUGGAUGGAAAAGCCAGAAAAAAAGAAUUAAAGAAAACUUUAAUUUUUGUAAUUUCUUCUCUAUUUGAUCUCUAUUGUACGCGAGUUAUGUGAGAAAUGGGAAUCCCCCAUCACGCGAAAUCGCUCUUGCGAGAAUCUCGGAAAGAAACGUCAACGCUUGUUCCGCUGAAUGACUGAAGCAAACAUUUCCAGAGCUGUGCGAGUGAAUUGAUCCAGUGAUUUUUGGAGAUCAUAGGAGACGCGUACUGAUCUACGUGCACACGACACUAGUCGCGCUCGAGACUCGUUCAGUCAAGUCCACUACCAAUUCGUACAUACGAACAGAGCAUUUGUCGAUCUAGAUCUAGGUUUAGAAUUACCAUGUACAUGUAAAGAACGCGUGUCUUUUAAAAUUAAUGCGGUAAGAUAAUUUAAGAGAGAAAAAGAAAGAGAGAGAGAGAAAGCGAGACAUAAACGAGAGUGGAUAUAAUGUUGCAAGCGUACAUAUACACACAAAGAGAGAUGCGUAUUCCACAGGUGGAGUACAUUAUACUCGAGUGACAGACGAUUCAUGAUACGAUGAACACAAUGAACUCGUAAGAAGAUAUAUAUAUACAUAUAUAUAUAUAUAUACAUAUAUAUAUAUAUGAUAUGGCGAUAUCUCGGAGAGUAAAAUAAAUUGUGAUCGCGUGGCGGACGAGAGAUCGCCUCCUCCCCCGUCUUUAAAAUCUUGAAAAUCAAUAUCCGGCGAGAGAGACGCGGAAGAGAUAAUGCCAUGUGCGAUACGAUAUAACGCUGCAAUUUCGCGCGGAUGACGAAGCUGAUUUGUACAGAACCGCUCGUAUAAAUAGGGACAGCGCGAUACCUCGUGGCGCGUCACGUGAACGCGCGAUCUAUACUGUAUUUUACGAUAUUACACGAUUAUAUGUAUGUACCUAUAUUAUGGAUAACGGAAAUCUAGACGUCUAAUGAGGUGUGAAUGGCCGUGUGCAUGCGUGAAAGAAAACGUGAUAGAAGAGAGAAAGAGAGAGAGAGAGAAAGAAAAAAAGAAAAGAGACGAUCGAGACAGAGAGACGUGGCCGCCCGCAUUAUAACUCGACGAUAAAAAUAGGUGGUGUGUAUAGAUAAUUGUAGACUCUAGUCAACAUGAUAUUUGUAAGAUGACGCACACGUAACACCCGUGUCUCAUUCGUUUCACGCCGCAUCAGAUCGCAUCCAGUUCUUUUUCCCCUUCUCUGGUUCACCUGGUUUCGUGUUUCCAUCAGACUCUUCGGACUCCUCGAUGUUCGUUACCGCCACAAACGACGACGCCACCAAGAGGAUCGACCGCGUGACUGCAUUUUCCGUCGUUCGUCCAUCGGAACAUCCGUUGGCCGUCGCUGAUGAGAGGAGGCCACGGUCUUAUCCUUUCUGCGUUCGAAACGGGGUCUCCUCCAUCCGCGCGAGAGAGGACGACUCGCCGAAGGCGAAGAGAUCCGCGCGAUCCGAGCUUCAGCCUCCGUCGGAUUCCCGUUUACGCACUCGGAAAUAUGACAAAGACUGCGUUUGUAACUGUAGUAUUCGCGUGGACCAUACGUGGGGAAGAGCACAAACGGUCGCGUUCCGAGUUGGUUUUUAUGUGAUAUACAUAAUAUAUAUAUAAAUAUAAAUAUAUAUAUAUAUAAAUAUAAAUAUACGUGCGUAUGUGCAUAUGUGUAUUUUAUUAAGCGAGAUCGCGCGGCGAAUUAUCGCGGGAGUUGUCGGCGUUCAGAGUCUGUUACUUAGGUAAAAAUAAGAAACCGGCGACACGCGGAAGCGGAAGUGUGCACUAAAGCGGUGGAUGUAUACGUUGAGCGCUUAUAUCGGAAAACCCUUUAAUACGCGAAACCGUGUGAAAAAGAAAAUCGCACCCGAUUGCACGUUCGAUUGUUUCGUAUAUCUAUAAGUUGCCACGAUUUAUAACUUCGUAAUUGUUUGUAACGACUCGUCUCUCGCAGCGCACGUAUAAAGGAGACUCUCAUUCGAACGUACGCAUUUACGGCCUACGGUAUAACUGUAAAAGAAGGAAACGAAACUGUGAAAGAGAAACUGUUUGUACGUAUGUUUAAACGAUAAUGUGCUAACGAUCCACGAUCGACACGUAGGCUCAUCGAGAUCGACCGUAACUGUACGAAGGAGCGUGUCGAAUGGUAGAAAAUUAGGCAGAGUCCUGAGGGAUAACGGGUAUCACGAAUCCGCGCCACACUCAAUUAAUAUCCGAUGAAUACGAUGAGACAGACACGCGAAGCCGAUGCGUAAAACAACGGAGCCGAGACUGCCAAACGAGCACCUCUAUGAACAUUCCUUCCUUUCUCUCAUCUUUUUCCGUAACUCUUUCGCUACGAUAUUUCAGCGAUGGGAUGACACUGGCGCGGUGCACAAUAAAUGUAGUUUCCGAUGUGUAAUUUCAUUUGUUCUGUAAUUCAUUUGUCGGUCUCUGCAUUAAAAACUCAGAAAUGAAAGAAUCAAGAAGUCCCAUAUGUUCAAAUUAGAGGUAAAUGUAAAACUAUUAAGUGAAAACGAGAGCAAAGUCAGGUGCCCGCAAUUAUUUAGUUCGUAUUAAAAAUGCAAAGAGAGCCACGCCGAUGCAAUUACUCUGGAAAAAGUGCACAGAAAUAACGUGGAACAGAAUAUAUCAGCAGUGAACGGAUGUGACUAUAGCUAAUGGAUCAUAAUUGAUAUCAGUAGCGAAAGAGUUCGUGUUUGAGCAUAGCGACCGCACUGCCUUUAAUAGAAUUUUUGACAAAUCGAUUCUGACCAUCGCGAGAUCGAGGAUGAAAAGAAAAUGACUCGCGUCGAGGGGACGAGCCGCGGGAUGCGAUGCAUUGUCAAAAGCAUUGCAAACCGCAAACGAGAAAUCGCGAGUCUGUUUCUCCAUUCCUAGCACACGUCACGCGAAUCGCUCCCAUCGGCGCGUCUCCCAUCAUUAAUUUAUAAAUCAUUAAGCGAUAACGCGCCAGUGAGUCGCGCGGAACACGAAACGCCGGUCUAAUGCGGUUCUCAUCAAUUUUUAUCGCUCGACAAGCAGCACGUGUCUCAACGAAAAAGAAAAGAAAAACAUAAAUGCAAAAGAAAAGGCAAAGGAAAACGCAAAGAAAAAAACCUUUAGAGAUUAAACGGAUAUAAUGAUUGCGGUAUCAGUCAUUAUGUGCGAUAGUAUUACUCGUUUUUUUAACUCUGUACGCUUCGUUCGAGAGAAACUGUCCGUGCUUAAGAACAUAUACGUCUAAUAAAUAGUUUGCGAGAAAUUUCCAACUGGUCAAAUCAGCCAAGUCUCACUCACCAGCGAGUCCCAUUUGGAUUUGUAAACGCUCCGGAUCCACGAUCGCAGUCACUCCUUAGGAAAGACAUGCGACGUAAUGUAACUCGACGACCAAUUAACGUUAAGCUAACAAAUGUGUCCGCCAGACGACUCAAUUUACCGCGGUGCACUUAUUGUUAAUUAUGCUAUUGUCCUCAUUCAAGAGAGAACUCCUCGUAAUAGUUUUAUCCGACUGUGCAGAAUUGCUACCUUUCAGAUCGAAGCAAAUCGUCAUUAGCAGCGUAUAUUUAGCAGAUGUUUGUGAUCUCGAUUUGUGAUUAAUUGAACGUGAUUAAGAUUAAGAUUAUUAAUGCAUUGAAAUACUCACGUCGAUAACAUUUCGACUUUUGCACAGAAGAUGUAACAAUAUCUCUAAAACUUGCAGUUAUAAUCGUAAAUUAAUUAAUUAUGAAAUAGUCAUAAAUCUUUUCAACGAUGAUGGCGCGAGUACUAUUAUUAUGACUAAACACACAAGAAAGAUGUGUUUUUUUUUUAUUUUCAAAAAUCUUAAUCUGAAUUAUAGAAGUAGUAUCCCUCUCCCGAAAUGACAAUUGUUGUGAUCAAUGGACACAAUUAUACGUAAUAAUAUACUUCU